AUGGCCCGCUUCGAAGACGACCUGCCGGCCCGCUAUGGAGGGACAGGCUCUCCGUCUUCGGGUCCGGGGAGAGGCGCGAGCCGGCAGCCAGGCCCCCCGGGAGCCCAGCGGAUGUACAAACAGACAAUGGCCCAGAGAGCCCGCACAAUGGCCAUCUACAACCCCAUACCCGUCAAACAGAACUGCCUCACCGUUAACCGCUCUCUCUUCAUCUUCAGCGAGGAUAACGUGAUUCGGAAGUAUGCAAAGAAAAUAACCGAGUGGCCUCCAUUUGAGUACAUGAUCCUCGCUACCAUCAUAGCAAACUGCAUUGUCCUGGCCUUGGAGCAGCAUUUACCUGCAGGCGACAUGACUCCAAUGUCACAGCGACUGGAUGACACAGAGCCGUACUUCAUUGGCAUCUUUUGCUUCGAGGCUGGAAUUAAGAUCAUCGCUCUUGGCUUUGCUUUUCAUAAAGGCUCCUACCUCCGUAAUGGGUGGAAUGUAAUGGAUUUCGUCGUCGUGUUGACGGGGCUUUUGACCACUGUCGGGGCAGACUUUGACUUGAGGACACUCAGGGCAGUGCGGGUCUUGCGGCCGCUUAAGCUGGUGUCUGGAAUUCCCAGUCUUCAGGUGGUCCUGAAGUCCAUCAUGAAAGCCAUGGUGCCUCUGCUGCAGAUUGGCCUGCUGCUCUUCUUUGCAAUCCUGAUGUUUGCCAUCAUCGGCCUGGACUUCUACAUGGGCAAAUUCCACCGCACCUGCUUUAGGAACGACACAGGUGAGCAGGCGGCUGAGUUUCCAUGUGGAUCGGAGCCUCCGGCGCGGACAUGUGAGAUUGGCACACACUGCCGGGAGUUCUGGAUAGGCCCCAAUUUCGGCAUUACCAACUUCGACAACAUCCUCUUCGCUAUACUCACUGUCUUCCAAUGCAUCACCAUGGAGGGCUGGGUGGAAAUCCUUUACAAUGCUAAUGAUGCCUCCGGAAACACCUGGAACUGGCUGUAUUUCAUCCCCCUCAUAAUCAUCGGCUCCUUCUUCAUGCUAAACCUGGUUCUGGGAGUGUUGUCAGGGGAGUUUGCUAAGGAGCGUGAGCGGGUGGAGAAGAGGCAGGAGUUUCUGAAGCUGCGCAGACAGCAGCAGAUUGAAAGAGAGCUCACAGGAUACCUCGAGUGGAUCUGUAAAGCAGAGGAAGUCAUGCUUGCUGAGGAGGAUAAGAAUGCAGAGGAGAAGUCUCCCCUGGACGGCGCCUGGUACAAGAGGAAGUGCAACAACCCAGUGUUGAAAAGAUCCAAGAAGAGCAAAAAUGACCUCAUCAACGCAGAAGAAGGGGAAGACCAUUUCACAGACAUCUCAUCAGUUGCACCCCAGGGUUCUCCGUUUGCCCGGGCCAGCGUGAAGAGCAGCAAGAACGAGAGCUCCUCGUACUUCCGGAGGAAAGAGAAGAGGAUCCGCUUCUUCAUCCGCCGCAUGGUGAAGUCGCAGGGCUUCUAUUGGACUGUGCUUUGCCUGGUGGGCUUGAACACACUGUGUGUGGCCAUUGUGCACUACGAGCAGCCCGAGUGGCUCACCUAUGCACUCUAUUUGGCAGAGUUUGUGUUCCUGGGCUUGUUCUUGACUGAGAUGAGUCUGAAGAUGUACGGUCUUGGGCCCAGGAGCUACUUCCACUCCUCCUUCAACUGCUUUGACUUUGGGGUGAUUGUGGGAAGCAUUUUUGAGGUGAUAUGGGCCGCAGUUAAACCUGGCGCCUCUUUUGGCAUCAGUGUGUUACGAGCUCUGCGUCUGCUAAGGAUCUUCAAGGUUACAAAGUAUUGGAACUCCUUACGGAACUUGGUGGUUUCUCUGCUCAACUCUAUGAAGUCCAUCAUCAGUCUGCUUUUCCUCCUCUUCCUCUUCAUUGUGGUGUUUGCUCUGCUGGGGAUGCAGCUCUUUGGGGGCCAGUUUAACUUUGAAGAAGAAACCCCAACGACAAACUUCGAUACAUUUCCAGCUGCCAUUCUGACAGUAUUCCAGAUUCUGACAGGAGAAGACUGGAAUGCAGUGAUGUAUCAUGGGAUUGAAUCUCAGGGAGGAGUAAAGCGUGGGAUGUUCUCUUCUGUGUACUUCAUCGUCCUCACUCUGUUCGGAAACUACACUCUCCUCAAUGUGUUCUUGGCCAUUGCUGUUGAUAACCUCGCCAAUGCACAGGAACUCACUAAGGACGAGGAGGAACAGGAAGAGGCUAUCAGUAAGAAGUUGGCCCUGCAGAAAGCUAAAGAGGUGAAGGAAGUCAGCCCCAUGUCAGCCGCUAACAUCUCUCUCACAGCUAAAGAGCAGCGGCGCUCUUUGAAGAUGAUGUCCGUGUGGGAGCAGCGCACCGCACAGAUCCGUAAGCACAUGCGGGCCAGCAGUGAGGCGCUCUACUCUGAGGAGCUCAGCCCCCGUCUGGCCUCCAGCCAGCACCUGCGCCCUGACCUUACCACCCACCUUGACCGGCCACUGGUGGUGGAGCCGCGCUGCUGGGAUGAGCCCAGGAACAUGCAGGGCCAGGCCGGGACACCUCAGGAUGCCCCUGAUCCCCCCAUGAUGGAGCCUCCGCAGUCACACCUGCCCCGGAAGCACCACCGGCGACGGGAGCGUCAAUCUGAUGAAACGCAGGAGAACGGAGAGACGACAGGAAACUCACAGGAAGGCCGGCGCCACAUCCACCACAGCCGCAGCAGCAAAGAGCCCGAGGGCACACACUGCAAAGAGGGCAAAGGGGAGCGCAGCCACAGUCGUGACGGGGCACGCAGGCACCACCACCAGCAGGGGUCAACAGAGGAGGGCAGGAGUGGAGAGAGGGAACACAGACACCACCAUUCGCAUAGAACUAGCCGAGAGGGUAACGGCGUCCUGAGCAGUGGUGGUAGGAGUGAGAGACGCUCCCAUCAUAGAGACGGAUCACGCUCAGGGAUGCGGGAGGGAGAGAGGCGUGGGGAGGACGGAGUAAACGGGGGAAGGAGGAGGCACCGGCAGAGAGCAGGCAGGGCCCAGUCCACACUGGAUGGUGAAGAGCAGAGGGAAAACGGGCAGAUGGAGGAGGGCAAGUCUCCAGGACACAGGCAUACAGAAAUGGGCGGAGAUUCUCUAGCAGCCACACCUCAGCAGCCUGCUGUGGGGAAUAGGUGGGAUCUGGAGAAACCAGAGGAUUCAGACAACCAGAGGAACGUCAGCCGCACAGGGGGUCUGGGAGUCCACAUACCGGUCACCAUCACCUCUCCACCAGGGGAGACCACUCUCAUACCCAUGAACAGUAUUGACAGUGAGACUGUGCCCAUGACGGAGAAGAACCUGGAGGAGGUGAACCAGAGCAGCCCUCGGCCCAUCCUGCCCUACAGCUCCAUGUUCAUCUUCAGCCAGACUAACCCGGUGAGGCGUCUGUGUCACUACAUAGUCAGUCUGCGCUACUUUGAGAUGUGUAUCUUGGUGGUAAUAGCCAUGAGCAGCAUUGCUCUGGCUGCGGAAGACCCAGUCCAGGCCAACGCCCCUCGCAACAAUGUGCUGAAGUAUUUGGACUACGUCUUCACUGGUGUGUUCACAUUCGAAAUGGUGAUUAAGAUGGUGGAUUUAGGCUUGCUGUUACACCCGGGCUCAUACUUCAGAGACCUGUGGAAUAUUCUGGACUUCAUUGUGGUCAGUGGAGCUCUGGUGGCGUUUGCGUUCUCGAGCUUCAUGGGAUCGCAUCAAAGUGUAAACAGAGGGACCAAAGGCAAAGACAUUAGCACCAUCAAAUCUCUCAGAGUGUUACGAGUCCUUCGACCACUGAAGACUAUCAAACGGUUACCAAAGCUGAAGGCUGUCUUCGACUGUGUGGUGAACUCCCUGAAGAACGUGUUGAACAUCUUCAUCGUCUACAUCCUCUUCAUGUUCAUCUUCGCUGUUAUUGCUGUGCAGCUCUUCAAGGGCAAGUUCUUCUACUGCACGGAUGAGUCCAAAGGACUGCAGAAGGACUGCAGAGGGCAGUUUCUGGACUAUGACAAAGAUGAGGUCUCAGCCCAACCCAGGGUGUGGAAGAAGUACGAUUUCCACUAUGAUAACGUGCUGUGGGCUUUCCUCACCCUCUUCACUGUGUCCACAGGAGAAGGCUGGCCAACGGUUCUGAAGCACUCUGUGGAUGCCACCUUUGAAGACCAGGGUCCCAGUCCAGGCUACCGUAUCGAGAUGUCCAUUUUCUACGUGGUUUACUUUGUUGUCUUCCCCUUCUUCUUUGUCAACAUCUUCGUGGCCUUGAUAAUCAUCACAUUCCAAGAGCAAGGGGAUAAGGCAUUGUCUGAGUGUAGCCUUGAGAAGAAUGAGAGAGCCUGUAUCGACUUUGCCAUCAAUGCCAAACCCCUGACCCGCUAUAUGCCCCAAAGCCAGCAGUCCUUCCAGUACAGGAUGUGGAAGUUUGUGGUGUCGCCACCUUUUGAGUACUCCAUCAUGAUCAUGAUCGCUCUCAACACCGUGGUCCUCAUGAUGAAGUUCCACGAUGCCCCCGUGUUUUAUGAAGCGAUGCUGAAGUAUCUCAACAUUGUCUUUACUGCCCUCUUCUCAUUGGAGUGCAUUCUUAAGAUCAUUGCUUUUGGCCCUUUGAAUUACUUGAAGGAUGCCUGGAACGUGUUUGACUUUGUGACGGUGCUGGGGAGCAUUACUGAUAUCCUAGUCACUGAAUUUAAAAUGGCGAACCGUCUGCUAAAUCUGAGUUUCCUGAGGCUCUUCCGGGCAGCCCGUCUCAUCAAGCUCCUCCGCCAGGGAUAUACCAUCCGCAUCCUCCUAUGGACCUUCGUCCAGUCAUUUAAGGCCCUGCCUUAUGUUUGCCUUCUUAUCGCUAUGCUUUUCUUCAUUUACGCCAUCAUAGGAAUGCAGGUGUUUGGAAACAUUGAACUGAACGAGGACACUGCCAUUAACCACCACAACAACUUCCGCACGUUCCUCCAAGCCCUCAUGCUGCUCUUCAGGAGUGCUACAGGGGAGGCCUGGCAUGAGAUCAUGCUGUCGUGCCUGAGUCACCGUACGUGUGAUGAGCGCUCAGGCACUCAGGGGAAGGAGUGCGGCAGUGACUUCGCCUACUUCUACUUUGUCUCCUUCAUCUUCCUCUGCUCCUUCCUGAUGCUGAACCUGUUUGUGGCCGUGAUCAUGGAUAAUUUUGAAUAUCUGACACGAGACUCUUCAAUCCUCGGUCCGCACCACCUGGACGAGUUCAUCCGUGUGUGGGCUGAGUACGACCCAGCCGCUUGUGGCCGUAUCAAGUACCGCGAUAUGUAUGAGAUGCUGCUCCACAUGUCCCCACCUUUAGGUUUGGGAAAGAAAUGUCCGCCACGAAUCGCCUACAAGCGUCUGGUGAAGAUGAACAUGCCCAUCGCCGACGACAACACGGUGCACUUCACCUCCACACUCAUGGCCCUGAUCCGCACUGCUCUGGAGAUCAAGCUGGCCUCAGGAAUGGUGGCCCAGCGUCUGUGUGACGCCGAGCUGAAGAAGGAGCUGGCCACCGUCUGGCCAAACCUGUCCCAGAAGACCAUGGACCUGCUGGUGACUCCCCACAAACCCAAUGAGUUGACAGUUGGGAAAGUGUAUGCUGCCCUUAUGAUCUUUGACUACUACAAGCAGAACAGAGCCAAGAGACUACAGAUGCAGCAGCAGCAGGCCAAAGAGCAGACAGGACCUGGCCCACAGAAUAAAGUGGGAGCUCUCCUGGAGCCCAUCCUGCCUUUGACACCCAUGCAGGAGAAGACCAAGAGCACAGUCGACUGCCCAUCAGACAGCCAGCCUCACAGACCCAGCUCUACCACACUUAACAAUGGACGCACACUUAAAUCUAGCCAUGAUAAUGCCAUCAAAGGCUCCUCAUCCUGGGUGUCAGAGAAAACCAAGGAGGUCCAUAGAUCAAAGAGACGACCGAUCUCGAGAGGCCAGUCCGAGGACAUCUCAAAUGCAAACACUGCCCAGGUGUCAGUAGAGAUGAGGAAGAUGGAGAACAGUGCCAACACAGUAGCACCUUCUGGUUUAGAUGGUCAAGGGCGUGCAGUGUCCAUGCCCAAACUCAACGCAGAGAUGCAGAGAAGUCAUUCUCGCCACUCUCCCGGAACUUUACUAGCACCUAUUCCUGACUCCCCUAUGAGGCGCUCUGCAUCCACAUUUGCACCGCAGCGCCCUCCGGAGGUUAACUUGAAUGAAUACGCCCUAGAGAAGCCUGUUCAGGAGCGACCACACCACCAUCAUCAUCAUCACCGCUGCCACCACCGCAGAGACAGAGAGAAAAAGCAGAGGUCACUGGACAGGUCACCCAGUGGCCAGCCUCCUAGCACUGGCGGCACGGGAGCCGACCUUGGGGGAGCCCUCUCGUCCCGGGAGAGGGGGCACGAUCGAGGCCGUUCCCACGAGAGGAAGCACCAUUCGUCCACAACGGAGAAGCAGCGCUACUACUCUUGUGACCGCUACGGCAGCCGGGAGCACUGCCCUGCCAAGCCUGCCCCAGCCAGCUGCGCCACCUCCCCUGGAGAGGCUCAGGAGACCACUUUCAGCAAGCAGGGCAGUGGUUGGGUUAAAGGGAGCCCGGUGUUGUUGAGCUCAGGGGCAAGCACGCCCAGUCGUGGGCGCAGGCAGUUGCCCCAGACACCCCUGACCCCGCGUCCGGCGGUGGCGUACAGGACCGCCAACUCCUCCCCUGUGUCCUUCACGGGCACCCAGGCCACUCUGCCUGCCCCCCCGAUCCCCGGCAGGCUGAGCCGCGGGUUGUCCGAGCACAACGCCCUCCUGCAGUGUGGCUCCGGCCCCAGCUCGCCCUCCCCCGUUACCCGGAUCAGCUCCGAGCCCUUCCUGGGCCCACCCCCGCUGGACACCCGCUGCAGCCUCCGGCCCCAGGUCUCCAGCUUUUUCCAGGAGCCUGCAGGCCGCUCACCCUGGACCGCGGGGCAGCAGAUAGUCACCCUCCCUCCCCUGCCCCAGCAGCAGCAGCCGCCCCAUGGGCUACCUAACGGGUACCACUACGUCCUGGGUGUACCCAGCAGCGACAGGGCCCCACCCUACUACCCAGAAGCAGAGGAGGACGAAUGGUGCUAGUAUGGCUUUAACACAUACACACACACACACACACACACACACACACACACACACACACAGAAAUACACAAAUACACACAGAUCCUCUGCUGAUGAUGAUUUUUAGUGUGUUUUUUUUUCGUUUCUUGUCAAAUUUCGAUGAGUUUUAUCAUCUCUUGUUUCAUGGACAAUGUACAUCACUUAUAUGUGGACAUUCUUUUGCUUUUAAAUUUGCAAGGGAGGGAAAACAGAGGCUACAUGUACAUUCUACAGAGAAAAAGAAAGUACCAGACUGCUUUUCUUCUGGUUGUAUUCAAAUCUAUCCAAACCCCGAUGGGGUUCUUGAAUUCUGACAGAUCAUGAUGUUUGAGAUAUAGGGGUUAUUUCUCCUAAUUCCUCGCCUUUCUGAGAGAAAAUGCAGUCUAAGUGAUGUCAAAAAAGUGGGUGUAGUCUGGGAAAACAGUGACCCAUAGAGCUCUGCUUUUUAGAAGGCAGAGUUCUGCAGGGCUCUGGCCAGCUGUUCAAUGAGCUGUGCCUGCAAAUGCCCCCCAAAAUGCAAAAUCCCAUGAAAAAUGAUACUGUCUGGGAUUUCUACAUGUAACUUAUAGUGCUGAAAAACUCUAAAGCAACAUUAUCUGUUUUGUGGGUGUCCCUUUCUCAGACAAAAUGGACCAUGCCUGCAGGCUGUGUGUGACCCACACACGUUACACACACACGCAUACAUUUAUUUUACACUGUCCAUGAAGGUGAUGAUUGUUGUUUUGCUGCUGAUGACCAUUCCUAGCACAUAUCACUGUGUGUGACAAUGUCGAGGACAUGGCGAAAUAUGAAAUGUAAUUUUUUUUGUAUCAAACUGUUGUAGAUCUUUUAUCUAUUCAUUAUGUGCGUUUUUUUGUAUUAUAUUGUAAAGAUAUUAUGGUGUUUUACGUAAAUUGCUUACAGUUUCACCAUCCUGUCAGGUCUACCGUUUCUUACAGACUGCUCCAGACGUUCUUACAAAGUGCCUAACCUUUUGAAUAUAUCGUAGUAAUGAUGCGACCUCAGACUUUUUUAAUGCAUCAACACAUAUGAGAGAGGGGACUGAGUAAGCUAGGGGCUACCUGGAACUACAAGGUGUUAUGACUGUAGGCCUUAAUCGGGAAGCAAAAGAAACCGUACCUUCAGUUUCGAAUUAGGUUUUGAAUGAAAAUGACAGUAUGAUUGUGUUCAUUUAUUUCCCUCAUUUUCUAGUAGGGCCUUUGUUUCUUUUCGUACACUGUAGAAUAUGGAAUGGGGGAGGGGUAAAAGCUUAGUUAAAAAAUCUAAAUACUAGUUAGGGCAAAAUAUGAAGACUAAAGUAGAUGUAUAUCAGUCCAGGGCGGACCACAUAACCACACAGUUACACAAUUGCAUGAUUUUAAAAAUGACUGAGUUGGCGAAGGAGAUGAACAAUUCCCCUUCUGGUGGAGAAGCUCAGCUGGGACAGCAUUGCUAGCUAUUUGCCUUAUCUUAUCUAAUGAUACAUAAAGACCAGAAUGAGGAGACUGCAGCAAAAGCCGGAGUGACAGUCACUCUCAAAGAUAAAGGUUCCUGAAUGGUUCUUGCAUAGGACAUAUGGUUUUAGGGGAAAUCUUUAAAUCGUACCUUUACAUCAUGUGGAAAUUCUUAAACUUUGGGCCAGAAUGAAAACUGUAACCAUUGCUAUAUCUGCUUUAAACAUGCCUACUGGCUUCCAAGUGUGCCACAGUAGU